UCCAAAAAAGUUUUGGGAUAGGAAAAUGUUUCAUAUAUCAUCGUACUCUCUAUAUUCUACUUCGUAAAAGCAAUCCUCUCCUGUUUAAUUUGCGGUAUUCCGAGAUAAUAGAAGUAUAUUAAACGCAUUUUCUCAUUUACAAACGAGGCUGUUAAUGAACUGUACAUUUGUAAAUAGGUCAGGCACAUUACAUAAUUUUAAAACAAUAACAAUGUCCAAUUACUCAAGGUAUAUGCAUACCAAUAUCAAAGUUGAUACUGAUAAAUACUAAUACUGACAAUAAACUUUAUGAUGCAAUUGAUAAUGAUUAAUUGUGGUGAAACGUGAAACUGUAAACGUGCUCACUUAGUAUUCAAUCAUAACUAAGGUCUAAGGAGGAAAACUGCCAAUUGGGUAACCACAACCUACAUUGUUCUUGGUAGUCUAAUUUGCACACCGACAGCCCAUUUAUUUUCUUUUAGAUAACUAUGGCAAGAUACUGAACGACUAGGUUGUACACCCGCAGUUACUGUUUGGUUGCUUUGUAAGGUGAUUGGUGAUGUGUUGAAUUCCGCGAAUUCCAGUGUUCAAGGUCGUGUGAUGUUCAUUUUCUGUUUGGUUUUGUUCGCUGCCUUAAAGUGCCAAAGUUGUGCUCCCUAUCUUCUUCGUAGAGUCAGCAAGGACAGUUUCGUUGUGUUGGAUACCCCAAUGCGCUCCUGCCCCCCGGGCCAGAAGAGGGAUUCUGACGGUAACUGCCGCCCCUUGGUCGAGGAAAAUCCGUACCAAGGGGGGUCGGGUAGACCUGGUACCACGGGAGGUGGGCAGAGUAACACAGACUUUGGAAAUAAUCAGCAACACGGGAGUGUAGGCAGUAACCAUUAUGCUGAUAACAGUGAAAGGCCUUCCAGCAUUAACGGUGACAGUCACGACAACAGUUAUCAGCAACAAGGGAGCACCAGCAGCAACCGGUUUCCUGACGGUUUCAACAGGCCCUCCAGCAACCACAAUGAUAGAGGCAUCCACUCUCCUUCAAACCGUUACAUCCAUGCAGCUCAAUAUUGACCUAGCUCGGAGUUAUGGAGACAAUAUUGUUAAU